AUGGCAGAACAUCGAAAUCGGUCUUCUCUUGAAUCUACGGAAUCAUUGUUAAAAAAAUUAUGUUUUAUAAUCGCGGAAAAAAAUCAAGAUGUAGCUGAUAAUUUUUAUAUUAUCAUGAGAGAUUUACUUUCUCAUGAUAGGUUUAAAAAAAUACAACACAGUCCUAGACUUUUAUCACAAAACUCCUCAGCAGCAUCUCUUUCAAAUUGUAGUACAGGUAUUUUCACAGAAAGUGUCCAUGACCUCAAUAUUGGUACUGAUGAGGAGCUCAUUAAUGACCAAAAAAAAAUUAUGCAGUAUUUAAAUCAAACGGAUAAAAAUGUUGCCAAAGAAUUUUUUGAAUUAUCAGAAAAAAUUCAGUAUGAUAAAAAUAUUAUGCUUUCUGAUCGUACUGCUUCUUUAAAAUUCCUUUUUAAAAUGGGUAGAAAAAGAGAAAAAUUAGAAGAACUCAUAAUAGAACCAUUAAAGCUGUCAAUUCCAGAAAUCAAACUUAAGAGGAACAGAAAAGUAAACCAUGAUAAAGUAGAUAUUGUUAGUGUUCAUUCUGUGAACUCUCCCACAGUUGAAGAAUUAUUUUCCGCUACUUCAAAUGUAUCAUCUUCAAGUUUAGAUUCUUCAACUAAAAGCACUAGUACAAACACAUCAAGAGCUCGUGCUUGUAUUAAUGGUACUACUUGGUCUAAUCGAUCAUCUACACAAAGAUCAUCGGAUCUAGCCUGCAAUCGUUUACAGUCUUGGUCACCUGGAUCGAAACAACUUAUUAAAGCUACUGAUGGUUAUUUGCUUAAAUACUCUGAUGGAGGCCUUUCUGAAUGGGAUAUAAUCAGAUCAAUUAUUUUCACUUGGCAAGGCAUCGAAGGAGAAAUUUUUAAAUUGAAUUCUGCAACUUUAACCUAUUAUAUAGAUGAUAAAUAUACCAUGGAUAGAUCUUUAAAAGAAAAGGCUGAAAACUUGGCUUUAUUGGGUUAUCUUCAUAAUACUCUUCAAAAAUAUAUGGUGGAGCUUCCAAAUGCUGGAAUGGUACGAAAAAGUUUAAUUGCAUAUGUACGAGAACAAUUAAGUGACUAUUACACAUUAAUUGCUAAUAUUCAAACUCAAGAAGAAAUAUCAAAAGAAACAUGUGAUACUUCAUUUAGAAAAUCAUUGGUUACAACAGAAAGACUCAAACUCUUGUCCUUAUAUCCUACAAAAAUAUUUCAAGAUUUAAUUAGUAUAUUACAUUUCACGGAGCAUUAUCAAGGAGGAUACCUGGCAUCUGGAAUUCAUAGUUUUAUAGAACACGGUAAUCCUGAACUUCAAACCCUUGUGAAAGGAAUUUUGUAUCAGAUAUGCAAGCCUUUGUAUUCAAUGUUAAUAAAAUGGUUGCUGGAUGGAGAAUUGGCUGAUCCUUAUAAAGAAUUUUUUAUUGCUUCCAAUAACAAUAUUAGUGGUGACAGAUUGUGGCAUGAAAAGUAUACCGUUAGAAUUUCAAUGCUACCAAAAUUUAUUAGUGUAUCACUGGCGGAUAAAAUUCUUUCCGUGGGAAAAAGUAUUAAUUUCUUACGAGAAAUUUGUUGCGAUGACAAACCUUUUUCUCAGAGAGACAGAAUAAAGGAUGUUUUUUUAAAUACUGACGUUGAAGUCAUGUAUUUAUUGGAAAAAGAAGAUGAAUUGCAUCAAUUAAUUGACCCAGUUUACAAACAAACAAAUAAAAGAGUUAUGGAUGUUUUAAUAAAUAAAUAUUCAUUGUUGAAUCAUUUUCAAGCACACAGAAAAUAUCUACUCUUGGGUCAGGGUGAUUUUAUUCAUCAUUUUAUUGAUUUGUUGGCAGAAGUAUUAGAAAAACCAGCGGAUCAAUUGCAUCCCCAUCAUUUGAAUGGAAUUUUAGAGAGUGCCAUCAGAGCAACUUCUGCACAAUAUGAUAACGAAACAAUAUUAAAUCGAUUAGAUGCGGCCACAUUGAGUCAUUCAAGGGGUGAUACCGGUUGGGAUGUAUUUUAUUUAAGAUAUCACGUCGAUGGACCGAUCGGAACGGUUUUUUCGUUAUCCAAAGAAAUUUAUCAGCUCCUUUUUUAUGCAUUGUGGAAAGCAAAAAGAAUGGAAAUGAUAUUAUCGAAACUAUGGAAAAAACAAAUAACGUCGUCUAAAUUUCUUAAAAAAGUCACUGAUUUAGCACCUUUGCUUAAACAAUGUAACGAACUUACAUCUGAAAUGGUUCAUUUUAUUAGACAAACGCAGUAUUAUUUUUUAUUUGAAGUUUUGGAAUGUUCCUGGAACGAGUUAUUAGAUGAAAUUAAUGAAUCUGAAAACUUGGAUGAAGUUAUUUCGGCUCAUCAAAGAUUUUUAACUAAUGUUCGAGCUGGAGUUUUUAAAGAUGACUUACACGAAGAAUUAUCAAAUCAACUUUGCAUAGUGUACGACCUCGUACUUCAAUUACACAAUCAAGUGGAUGUAUUAAUGUCUCAAGCUCAAAAAGAAGUUGAAAAAAAUGUUUCUUCUUCAGAUUCCGAUCAAAUAUUAAAACACAAAGAAUUCACUCAAAAAUUUAUACCCACUGCGUACAUGAAUUUAAAAAUUCUUGCCAAAACCUACCGCGAUACAAUUAAAAAAUUUUUACUCAUGUUAAAUAGUCAAAAUGAUUUAAGCCUUCAACUUUUAAGCAUCAGAUUAGAUUUUAACGAACAUUAUAAAAAUUUAGAUUCACGAUUGGUUGCGCCAUUAACUUUUCAACAUCGUCGUUUAUCUUCAAUGGGAGAUAGCAUUACAACUUCUCCAUUACUUCCUAGGUAA